GAUCAUCAACGAGGUAGUUUAUUGCACUUGUUAGAACCUCUUAGUAGGAACCCGAUUCCAAAAUGUCCGCUAUCUGUUUCGAUGUUAGCGCUUCAAAUAGAAUCGACGCGAACAAACAAAGGCUUUUGCACUUUCUAUAAAGACAGAGCGGCUGAGUCGAAUCAGAUAAAUUACGUUCCGAGAUAGCCCAGGAGUUGUUUACUUUUGCUUUGGGGACAGUCAUGCCUUAAUCUACAAGUACGGCUUAAUCUUUGGAUCGCAAGACGACUUGCUGUAUCAUCGUAAAAAUCAUUGUACGGUGCUCUGUUUCUCGGAUUUACUCUCAAAAACCUUCGGAGUUUCGUCGCGGUUCGACAAGUGUUAGUCUAUUCGGGUCAGUGCAGUGCCUGAGAAUUGUACUCAGAAAGCUAUGAUAUUGAUCGACGUGAUAGUUUUCAGCACACUGAAAGACUUUAACAUCGCAGUCUUUGAGUUUACUUAGAUCAGUCUUUCGUAUAAAGUAUGAUCAGCGUUUUCUCUCGAACUCUACGUUUCGAGCUUUACAUCCGGCAUCGCUGUUAGGCGUUCUAUCGGACGGCUGGUUCUCAACAGAAAACACAGUCUAUCUGUGCCCGGAUUCGAACCUAGAUUACAGCGUGUCCCUAAGAUUAGCCGGCAGAUACGCUACCCAUAGAGAUAUUAAGCGUAUCGAAUAUCUAAGAAUGUCUCCUUGUGCAAUGGAUUAGUGCCAAGUCAGCAGCCUAUCUUCUAGAAAUGAAUUAUUAAGACCCGUGUGAUGGGCAGGUAACUACAUGGGCCCUCGAAAUGUUAAGCCUUCGUUCAUGAAUUAAUUCCCCUGUGGGUCUCAUGUACAUUGCAGUGACGAGGUCUGGUAAAGGAAACAUUGCCACGGCCCACGUUUCUCUUAAAAUUAAGACGUCAGUUGUCGAGUAUAUUGAGGACGCGAUAUUGUCGCAAUUAUUUUAAAAAAAGAAAUUUUUUGUAGUUAAUUUAAAAGAAAAUAUAUUUUCGCACUUUUUCUAGUUCUAUUGUACGUCGUAUAAACUGGCUCGUAUCCGGCCGCGUUGUCUAGCUCUCGUAGCGCAGCUAGGACGAGGUCGCUAAGAGUCGAUCUUAUUGGCGAUAAAAAAUACUUCUUUUCGUCGUCACUGUUGCCGCCGAUUUUGGGACCGAUGUAUGCCCUACAAGUCUGAUUCUUACAUUGGUGGUUAAUGGGCAGGCAGCGAAGCGUUUUGAACUCCCGUCGAAGAGAAAGGCGUUAUUCGUCUAAGAAGUAUUCCCUUUGCGCUUCUAAUUUAUAUUAUCUCCGGCCAUUUGAUCACAGAAAGGAGCUCGCAAAUUUAAACGCUUAAACAAAUUGAUAUCAUCAGUGCCUUUUGCGCAGGCAACUACCGACUACUGGCUAUUCGUGACAGAGUAAAUGUUUCCGUCCCAUUUCAACUGCGGCACUGUUCAGUUCUUAGUUCCGAGCGAUCAACGUGUCGUGUGUUUCUCAUAGAAAUUGGGUAUUGUCAUUACGCCUCGGUCUAGCGGUUCUCAGCUGAUCUGCAAAUGUUGCUAUGGUAAAUGACAACUAUCCUUCCUUGGAUGACAUUCGCUCACUCUACAUAAAUUAGUUGAAUUGAAUUCUCAAAAAACUUAUUUCUUCGUAAAAUUAUCAAUAAAGAAUAAAAAAUUAUUACGCCCAAUCGAAAACCUACAGUGAUAGGGGGUAGUACAAAAUCAAUCGCAUUAUGCUUGGCCAUUUAUGUUUGGCCAUGUGUAUUAACCUACAAAAGAGACAAUUUGUUUCAGUUUGUUUUCGCCAAAUUUACAUUUAAGAUAUUCAAAACAGUGCUAAAAACGCAAACUGGUUAUUUUAGUCGCUUAUGGCUUCACAUGCACUCGACAAAAAGUAGGAAAGCUUUGCCCGUCAAAAUUUAGUCACCGAAAAGUUCAGCUAUGAGAACGACAUUUAAUUUCGUAUUUAAUGAAUUUUGAAAUGAUGAUGACGACAUUCAUGGGAAUAAAAUCAGCACGCUCCAUACAUGCAAUUCACUACCUCUUCUUCACUAUUUGUCUCGUAAGGAGGAGGUUUGAAAUCAAAUACGUAUAUUAGGAAAUAAUUCCAAAGCAAAUGCUCACUUAGUAGAACAAGUAAAAUAGACUAGGAAGCCAUCAUCUGCGAACGGACAUAUAGCGGUCCUCUCGCCCCCUUUGCGAGGCUGGGACUAACCUCCCACCGUCGUUUGUUGUUCUCCUUCUUUGCGCGGCGAGCAUCGUAAUCCUGAAGGGAGGAUGCAACCCCACACCAUUUUCGCGCUGACUGCACUGGUUGUAGUGUAUUCGUCCGCUGGUUUGGCAUCAAAGAAUCCGCGUAGGACUCGUGGAGAAUUCCGGCAACUGGAUGCAAAGGAAAUCGAAGAGGAAGAACUUGGUGAGCUUGCGCAGUUCGCAGCAACGACUGUUGCAAAAGCCGAGAAACGAGCCUUUCAUGAUGCUGUAUUGAACAUCACCGAAGCACAUCAACAAACUGUUGCGGGUUGGAAUACGAAAAUGAAGCUGGUUGUUUCUGAGACAUCAUGUCCUAUUCACAAUCCUUUCGACGUGGGACAAUGCAUUCCGAAAAAUGCCAGUAUCACCCGCCAGUGCGAUGUGCUCGUUUAUGAAAGGCCAUGGGAACACAUCAAGGAACUUACCUCAUUUUAUUGUCAUUAAUAAUUUUGAUCAAAUUAUGUGGCUAACAUACAUAUAGUUAUACGAAUAUAAGUUUCCUUGCAAUAAAUUCAGUUUUGCACGUCAAUUACUCUAUAUAAGCCCGAAAUUCACUUUUAUAAGGAGCUAUUACUCUUUCUUAUUAUAAUUAUUUCUAUUUUAUUUACUAAAAGUAAGAACAAAAUUAUUUACAUAUUCGUUUAUUUAUUUCGUAUAUUGAAAUCGUUUCCAUCAACUUAGAAGAUAAAGAAGCACAAGAUGCACAGAAUCGUGUAGAUUAAGUGGAAUGUAUUUUUAUUUAAGCUAUCCUUUACGAUAUUUUUUCAUCCUAAUAUCGAGCUGAUCUAUCUUAAUUUCUCAGUUUAGAUGAUUCUAAAUACGAUAACUGUAGCAAUGUUGCACAAUCACGUAUGAAAAUCUGCUCGAAACAAAUUCCAACGGAAAUAAAACAUUUAGAACAAACUCCUUUGAACCGUUGUUGAGCUUCGUAUGUAGCCGUUUAAUUAAUAAAGCAGGCGUCACCUCGCGAUAACAUAAAACAGACAAAAAGUCUUUUCAGGAACAAAAAUGUCAUUCGAUAAUGGUCUAAUAAAUCGUCAUUGAUCUUCUAUAAAAAAAUUAUUUUAUUAACAAUCUAAUAUAGCUUUUUUGUAUUGUGACGUCCCAUAUUAAUAUUGCGCAUGUUGCGCGUUGGCCUUAAAGCCAGGCACCAGCACUUGCAGAUAUUUAACUUCAAAUGAGGAAUACUACGCUGUUCGGCAAGUAACUGCGAUUUUUGUUUAUUGCAUUGCUUUUCCAGUUCGUUUUUCAACGUCUUCGGCUAUUCCAAUGUGAACAAGUCCUUGGAAUUACCUUUUCGGUGUAGUAUCAAGGAUUUCCCCCACCUAGAAGAUCAAGUCGAAGCGAAUCUUGCUGACUUAGCUAAGAUUUCCCUAAUAGAUCUAUUAAAUGACUUGAUAAUAAUUUAUCAUAGCAACCAUCUGCCAAUAAUUUAAAUCUAACGAUGGCUGCAUGUCCAUGAUUACUAUGGUGACGCGUUCAAAAGAAGGAGCAUUAGCCACCUAGACAACACCGCUCCUUGUUAUAACUCGUUUGUUGAUAGUUUAACAUUAUAUGGGGAUAACCAAGAAAACUUAUAAAUAAUUAUGUUCCAAUUCAACACCACAAUAACAACCCUAUUUAUGAAAAACUAAAAGUUCAUAAUAUAAGUAGCUAUGAGUAAACUAGAAUCAUAGCGAUUCUUUUGAAAACUACAUAUUAAAAAUUCCAGAGUAUUAUAGCUAUGACAUAUUUUGCCUAUCAUCGCAUUGUUGAUAAAAUUUUGGUCGUUAAUAAAAUGGUUCGAUCAAACACCGUUCUCCUCAACGUUGCCAUGAAGUCACAGGUCGAAUCCGAUUUAUUGAUAUCUCCGUUUUGUCUCGUGAUAAAAUUUUACUCAGAGUUUGUAUUUCAAAGAUGAGCAUGUCAGCUAAACAAGAAGUGAAUUUACGACACCAAGUUUUCGUUGAACCCAGAACAUUGUCCCUCGUAUAGUGACAACUCAGCAGCUAAACGAUGUAGGCGCAUGUAACAAUUCUCUGUCUUCAAAACAGGGUCAAAGUAGUCCUUGAACUAUAGAAACAUACUGAACUGCUUUUGUCAGGUAAAAAUGCUAAGCUCGAACGUAGCAGGCCAAUUAAAAAAUGUAUUCUUAGCUUAGAUAUAUGUUGUACAUCAGUCGAAAGUUUUUUCGGCAGUUUUUUUUUGCCUCAGUGCACGGCGAGUGUUGAAAAUGUUGCUUUCAUCAUUAGAAUACUCAUUUUUGGAACUCAAUCUCAAGGUUAAACUUUAUGAUCUGGAGACAAGACGAUGACCACAUUAUAUGGGAAAGAAAAGGACUUUCUAACGGUAUGUAGCACUUGAUCAUCAGUAAAUGAAAAAUUAACGAAACGAAGCAAUAAGCGGAAACCAUUAUUACUUUCUAAACAACCUAAUAAAAACAUCGUAACGCAAAACCCUAA